UUCUAGCAUAUAUUCGCUUCCGGCCGCGAAGUGAAACUUACUGACAGCGUCUCACUUUAGCCAAAACACUCCGGACGAGCAGCUGCUGUGAGCCGCGGCUCUCUGUCCGAGCUACAUUUAACAUAAAGGCCGCGUUGAGCUGCACGAUGUCCGGCCACGGUCACGGUCACGGACACGGACACGGCUGCGGGUGUGCGGGGGAGCAUGAGCCCGCGGAGAGGGGCCUGGAGUACGGACUGUAUCGGAAGAUCGACCUGGAGAAGCUGCAGUGCCUGAACGAGAGCAGGGACGGCGAUGGAAAGCUGGUGUUCAAACCGUGGGACCGGCGGGCCGAGCGGGACACGUAUGUCGAGAGUGACGCAGAUGAAGAGCUGCUGUUCAACAUCCCUUUUACCGGCAGCGUGAAGCUGAAAGGCGUCAUCAUUUCUGGAGAAGAUGACGAGUCUCAUCCGGCCGAGAUACGAUUGUACAAGAACAUCCCUCAGAUGUCCUUCGACGACACCGGCAGAGAACCUGAACAAGCUUUCAGACUCAACAAAGACCCCCUCGCUGAGCUGGAAUACCCAACAAAGAUCGCUCGUUUUUCCAACGUUCAGCACCUCUCCAUCCACAUCUCCAAGAACUUUGGAUCAGAGAGCACCAGGGUCUACUACAUCGGCCUGAGGGGAGAAUACUCAGAGGCUCACAGACACGAAGUGACGAUCUGUAACUACGAGGCAUCAGCAAACCCUGCGGAUCACAAAGUGGAGAGCAUCAUCCCGCAGACCAACUUCAUCUCCUGAGAGCUUCAGAGAGUCGGGAAGAAGAGGAGAGCGAAGGUGGAGGAGAAGGAGAGGUUUCUGUGAUGUCUGCUUGACAGGUGUCAAAAAGUCAAAGAUGAGUCCAACGCUGCGAACUGGCAGGUUGAUUGACCUCGACCGGAGGCUGAGCACGAAAAUCUGAAGAGCGGGGAGCUUCAGAGGUGUCUGGAAGAUGUUGUUCUGUUUUCUAUCGCAAUUAAGGGUGAAGGCUUGAUGUGGGCAAAAAGCUUAAUAAUAACCGCAUGAAACAUUCGACACUCAGAUAUAUUCUGUUGUUAUCAGUUUAACCUGUAUACUCUGAUUCUUGUCUAAUGAUAUCCACAGCUUCAAUAAAGUGACAGCUGCUCUUCAAAACGAUGCUGAAGGCUGGAAAUAAACCAAAAGAUGGUCCUGUUUGAGUAAUCAAAAGAGACGUUUUAUGCUCUUGCAUUUUUUUUUCCUUUACUUCAGUUUGUAAUGUAGAUUCAUGUAGUCCGCACCAACAGAAGCUCAUCUGCCACAGCUAGUUUGGCACGUACAAAUUGAUUUAUCACAGCUGCUCUGUUGUUAGUGGUGAUGGGUCAGGCGUGUGUGAGCUGACCAAUCAGAGCAAUCAACCAGACGGGAGCUUAAGCAGCAUUUCAGACAGGUAAUACAGUGCUGGACAGAGAGAGAAAACUGAUGUGUUGUUGGAGUAAUAAAGCAUGUAAACCUGUUCUCGUAGCUACCUUAAAUAAAGUCAUUAAUCUGAAAAUGAA